AUGGCACCUUUAAACUUCAACAGCAGUGUAUCCAUCACCCACAUCGGGACCGCCACUGCAAUCAUUGAGAUUGACGGCGUCAAGCUCUUGACCGAUCCCUUUUUCUCCCCGGCCGGCACAGAGUUUGAUGUGGGCGUCACGGUUCUCAAAAUAAGCGAGACCCCGGCCCUCGGACUGGGAGAUCUCCCUCCCAUCGAUGCGGUCCUCUUGAGUCAUGAGGACCACCCCGACAAUCUCGAUCCCCUAGGUCGCCAGCUACUCGAUGGCCGUCUUGUGUUCACUACAAUGGACGGAGCAAAGAACCUAGCUCCUCGUCCUGGAGUACGAGGAAUGAAGCCAUGGGAGACAGUCUCUGUCAACAUCGGAGGCAAGCCCUUCCAAGUCACGGCAACACCAUGCCAGCAUCUCCCAGGGGGCGAAUGUACAGGCUUCGUCCUUACUACACCAAGCUUUGGCACCAACCUGGAUGGUAGGCCCAAUGCAAUUUGGUUCUCGGGUGAUACUGUCUACUUCGAGGAGUUGGAUCAAAUUGCUAGCAAGUUCCAUAUCGUGGUUGCAAUCUGUAACUUGGGUGAUGCCCGGGUUCCGCUCCCAGAGGGUCCAUUGCAGAUUACAAUGGAUGGGAAGCAGGCUGCUGGUAUGCUCCGGUCAUUCAAGGCGGAUAUCCUUGUUCCUAUGCAUUAUGAGUCAUGGGGUCAUUUCACUCAGGGUGGAAAUGAGCUGGCUAAGGUGUUCGCCGAGGAGGGGAUUGCGGACCAGGUAUGCUGGCUGGUUCCAGGCAAAUCGAGGAAGGUGUUUUAA